AUGGCCAAACACAACACAAGGAGCUCUGUCAACGAUGAGAACGGCGACACUUCGUCUGAUCCCAUUCCCAAUCCUGAGAUUCACUCUACUCCUACUCCUCAAGCCAACACAGAAACCAGAGAUCGACCUGCUCAUGAGGAUCCUUCCAGUCCUUAUUUCUUGAGCACAGGAGAUCAUCCAGGUCUUCUGCUUGUAUCUACUCUUCUCACAGGAUCUAAUUUUCAAUCCUGGCGUAGAGCAAUCACCAUGGCUUUUGCUGCCAAAAACAAGACUGCCUUCCUUGAUGGCAGUCUUCCCAAACCAGAUCCCACAGAUCUAUCCUUUUGUGCCUGGACCAGAUGCAACAACAUGGUCAUGUCAUGGCUCCUUCACUCGGUUUCUCCACAAAUCGCACAAAGCAUCAUGUUCUUUAACCUUGCAUCUGAUAUGUGGAAUGAUCUUGUCGAUCGAUUCAAUGAAGGAAAUGGCCCACGCAUUUUCCAGCUCAAGGCCGAACUUCAUAGUCUGCAGCAAGGAGAUUAG